CACAUACACCCACUAUAAUGUUUUACCUAUCCCUCAAUGCAAUAUACAUUUUAAUAGUUAUGGUGUUACAAUCCCACGCCGCCCCCCCCGGCCCAAAAGAAACGAGUCACGUGGUGAGGGUAGGACGGCCAUCUUUCUAAAACACAAACAACAGGAGAGACCGAGAGCACGUAUAAACACGCAGCGAGCGUUGGAGAGGGGCAAGCAAAAAACAAAAAAACGACAAAAACGACAUAAAGAAAAAUUACUCAGAAAGAAGAUUACCCGAUAAAAAUACCCAAAAACGAAGACGCACACCAAUGCACAAGAAGUGAGGACGGGACACGGCCGAAGCGCCCGAAACACCAGCCAGCUAGCGGCGGCUCUGCGGAGGAGGAAGGAAAGUAGAGAGAGAGAGACACACACAAGAAUCUGGAGCUGAGUGGAGAGGAAGUGCUGUGACACGCGGUUUGGGCAGUGAGACGGCGGGAGGAAGGGGAGGAGCCUGGCACUGCACGCCUCACACACUCCACACUGCUCUCUUUCAUUUUUACGCCUGCAGCUGAACAUUUGGUUUAUUGAUAUUGGUGGUAUUGUUUUUAUUUUUUCAUCAUCGUUCCUGUUAUACUGUUUUUGUUUUUUUUUGUUUUUUUUGGGGGUGUGUGGUCUGUCUUUUUUUUUUUUUUUUAAUUUUGUGGCUGAGGGCCACACCUUCGGUUCCUCUUCAGCCCUCCCCCCAGCCCAAACUAGGCAGCUAUUACCCCCGGAAACUCUGUGAGCAGCAGUAAACACCGUUUGGCCUUUCACCCCAGCCUGACCCAUACCUAGCCUGGUGAAGCUUGCUCAGACCUGGUCCGCUCCACUGGACAGGAAACUCCGCUCCUUGUGGACAAGAGGAAUAUGACUGCUGAGACUCUCAACUUCGGCCCAGAAUGGCUCCGUGCACUGUCCAGUGGUGGAAGUGUGGCGUCCCCUCCCCCUUCCCCAGCCAUGCCAAAGUACAAGCUGGCCGAGUACCGCUACGGCCGGGAGGAGAUGCUAGCACUUUAUAUCAAAGACAACAAGGUUCCAGAAGACAUGCAGGAUAAGGAGUUUUCAGCUAUUCUGCAGGAUGAACCCCUUGAGCCUUUGGCCCUGGUUCCGCUGACAGAGGAGGAGCAGAGGAACUUCUCCAUGUCUGUGAAUAGCGUGGCCGUGCUGAGGCUCAUGGGAAAAGGAGGUGGGGCUAUCCCGGCUGGCGCGACUAGGGGCAGGGGUAGCACAAGAGGCGGCAGAGGCCGUGGGAGGGGAGACAGUGGAUUCUACCAAAGAAGUAUUGAGGAUGGAGAGGGGAGCUUUGGCCGGAGCGUGAGGGAGAUCCAUCGUAGCCAGAGCUGGGAUGAUCGGGGCGAGCGCCGUUUUGAGAAGCCCCCCAGGCGGGAUGGCGUGCGUGUGGCCUUCGACGAGACGGGCACCGGGGCGCGGAAGGACCACGCCCGUGCAGAUAGCGAGAACUGGCGCACCCUGCGGGAAGAGCAGGAGGAGGAGGAGACAACCGGUGAGCCGGCGGGCAGCUGGAGAGUGGCGGGCACCCGCAGAGAUGAUGGGGGGCCUCGCUCUGCGGGCUGGCGGGAGCACACCGGGCCUGGGGAGGGGCGCCGGCGUAAGUUUGAGUUCGACUUCCGAGAGCAUUCUGAAGGGGGGCGCCGGCGCGCAGGCAGUGAGGGCCUGGAGGAUGAGCGGGAUGGGCUGCCGGAAUGGUGCACGGAUGAGGAGGACGGAGAGAUGGGUACCUUCGACUCCUCCGGAGCAUUCCUGUCCAUCAAGAAGGGCUCCACGGAUCCCAUCCCUGAGGAGAAGGAGCUGGAGUUCCAGGGCUUAGAGGAAGAGGAUGAAAGCAGCCUGAUGCGGCCCAGGAAAGACAGCGGGGAGGAUACAGCUGAAGAGAAAGAGGUGCCCCUCAUCUGUGAUGGAGAGGCCAAGUCAGCUGUUCCUCCUUCCCCACCUUCCGUCUCCACCCCUGCCUCCUCAGUGUUGGAGCCCCACCCCCACCCACCAGAGCUGGAGCCCCCGCAGGUGUCCCAGCCCCCCAGUGCCCCACAGCCCGCCAAGGCCAGCAAAUUGCCAAGUGAAGACGGUGUCACCACAGGGGGCGCCGCUCAAAUGAGCCCCAGCUCUUCCUCCAGCCUGCCUUCAUCCCCUCCCUCCUCUGCUGCUACAGACCUCCCGCCACCAGGGGGCGACACUGAGGAUGAUGAGGGCAUGAAGCACCUGCAACAGGAGGCAGAGAAGAUGGUGGCAUCACUGCAGGACGAGGAGAGCUUCAGCCAGACCCUGCAGGAGAGAUGCAACACUGCAGCCGCCCUGCCACUCUCACACGAGGCUGCCAUGAAGUGGUUCUACAAGGACCCACAGGGAGAGAUCCAGGGUCCCUUUACCCCCCAGGAGAUGUCGGAGUGGUUCCAGGUGGGCUACUUCAGCAUGACGCUGCUGGUGAAGCGGGGCUGCGACGAGGGCUUUCAGCCCCUGGGUGACGUCAUCAAGAUGUGGGGGCGUGUGCCUUUCGCCCCUGGGCCCUCCCCGCCGCCCCUGCUGGUGAGACAGCCCCUGCGCCCCGGUCCACCUCGGGGGCCUGCUGUGAGUGACAGCGUGCGUGGGGGGGGCAACCUGGACCAGGAGAGGCUGAAGAAGCAGCAGGAGUUGGCGGCGGCGGCUGCUCUCUUCCAGCAGCUCCAGCAGCAACAGCAGCUCUUCCAGCUCAUCAACAGGUGUGGUGAUCAGGGUAUGAUGCCUUCGAUGAGCAGAUCAAUGUCAGUGCCAGAUACAGGGUCCAUGUGGGAUAUGCAUACCUCAGCUUCACAGCAGUCAGGCGGUGAAGCCAGUCUGUGGGACUUAACAAUGAAUUCUUCAACUCAGGGUCCAACUCUUGAACAGCUUCAGAAGCUCCAGCAGGAGAGACGGGACGCAGAACUCAGGGCAAAGCGUGAGGAAGAGGAACGGAAGCGCCGGGAGGAGAAGAGGAGGCAGCAGGAGGAGCAGAAGAGACGGGAGGAGGAGGAGCUAUACAGGCGCAAACAGCAGUGCAGGCAGCAGCAGGAGCUGAUCCUGAAGCUCCUCCAGCAGACACAGCAGCAGGCCUCGCAGGUGGGCUCGGGCUGGAGUGGCGGCCCCGCGGUCCCGCUGGCCAAGCCUGGCAAGCCCCUGAGCGUGCUGGAGCUGCAGCAGGAGGCAGAGAGGCAGCUGCUCAAGCAGCAGAGGGCCCAGCAGCAACAGAGGGAGAGGCAUGGAGGCAUGUCGCUGGGGAACCCUGGUGUGUCUGCGCUGGGGGGGCAGUGGAGCGAUGGCCCAGGUGGACUCUGGGCUAGCAGCGGCAUGGAGGCCAAGUCCAGCGGCAGCAGCUUGGGUCUUUGGGAUGAGGCGGUGAAGAGCCAGGCCAGCCUCCGCAACAUGGGCCUCAAGACCAGCCGCAGCAGCCCGUCUCUCAGUGAGCCGUACCUGCUGAACCGACGCAAGCGCACAGAGGAGGAGGACAAGCUUCUGAAGCUGCUGCAGGGCAUGAAGCCGCAGGACGGCUUCACCACCUGGUGUGAGCAGAUGCUGCACGCGCUCAACACGUCCGCCAACAACACCACCUCCUCGUUUGAUGUUGCCACCAUUGUGGCAUACCUGAAGGAGGUGGAGUCCCCCUACGACGUGCUGGACUUCAUCCGCUCCUACCUGGGGGACACUGUGGAAGCCAAAGAGUUCGCCAAACAGUUCCUGGAGCGCCGUGCCAAACAGAAAGCCAACCACCAGAGGCAGCAACAGCAGCUGUCGAAGGAAGUAGCAGGACUGACGAUGAACUUCCCCAUUCAGGACUCGAUGAGGGGCGUGAACCCCACGCUGCAGUCGAUGUUCCAGGCAGCCCACAUGGGGAAGGGCGGCGUGUACGAUGGCCAAGGGAGCAAGAUGAAGAAGAAGCAGUCCAUGAUGUUGCACUCCGACCCCAGCAUCUUAGGGUACUCAUUCCACAGCGCUGGGGACCGGCUAAGCGUGAGUGAGAUGGAGAUGGUGGAGGAGUAUUGAUCCACAGCAAUAGCUACCUGAGGCCUUUUUUUUGUUAUCUGUUUUAGUUGUUUUUUUGUUUUUUUUUGUUGUUUUUGUCUGACACUCAGACACCCUGAUGAUGAAUGUGCACUCUAGGGGAGAGGCCGGGGCAAAGAGUGGAUUGGCCUUACACCCCCACCUCCAUAAGGAGGUAGAGAAGGGGUGGAGUGUAGGUGGGGUAGGGUUGGGGGGAGGGGGGCGGAGAGACAGCAAACAGAGGAGAUUUUCUGGCACUUAUAUCAGUAAGCACCUUAAUCGAAACUACUGCACUUUAUUAAGAGGGAUUUGAAAUAGGGGUUUUUUUUUUUCCUUUUUAAGAUCACAAUUCUACACGCAUGCAUACAUACACGUAUGUGUGUGUGUGUGUGCGUGCGUGCGUGUGUGUAUGUGUGUGUGCGUGAGAGAGAGAGAGAGAGAGAGAAAGAGACGACUGGAAGGUUACAAGGUGGAAUUAUUCUUGGGGGGGCUUUUUUACAUGAUCAGAAAACAAAUCCUUUCUUGAGAAACUGUUUUUUGUUUUUUAAAAAAACAUUUAUAUAAAAAGUAAAGCUAUUAAAAUGGAUAAAAAAACUUGAAGAUUGCACUUGCAUUAAAAAAAAAAAGAUUAGGUAUAGAAAUCAAUAUUUUUGUGAGUGUGAGUGAGUUUAUGAGAAUACUAGUCUGCACGAUAUUUUUCUCAUCACUUUCCAAGAUAUGUAGUGAUGAUGCCAUUGUCCGUUUUUUUUUUUUUUUUUUUAAAACAGAUUUUCGUACUUCCUGAGCUCUGUGUAUGUGUGUGUCUGAUGGGACGUGACCCUUUGUCACUAAUGCAUCCCGACCUGUGUGAACGAUCCCUGUACAUAUGAACGCAGACACAUUCUGCCGCAUCACAUCGCUGCCCCUAUUGGCUCUAGGUCCUGCUCCCCUUUCUACGGCUUUCAUAGCUGUGCUAAGUGUAGACACUACAAGCACAGGUGUGUGUGUGUGGGUAAGUGGGGGGGGGGGGUGGAUGCGAGUGUGUGUGCCAGUCUGUUGGUGUUAAAUGAUUUUUGUAUUAUUUUUCUUGCAUUCAGCAGCUGUACAGUUUGGACCGUGAUUCUCAUCUGAUUUAAUUUGCCCCUUUUGUUUGCUCUUUUGUGUUUAUUUAUGAACAGAACUGUGCAAAGCGUUCGUAUCAGUAUAUUUAAAGACGUGGUCUGGUGUUGUUACUGUGCGUGCGUGCGCGUGUGUGUGUGUGUGUGUGUGUGUGUGUGUGUGUGUGUGUAUGUGUGUGUGUAUGCGUGCGUGUGUGCGUGCGCGUGUGCCUGCUCGCGCGAAUGGAAUGAGCUGUAGGAUCACGUUCCACGCAGUGUGAAGUAUUGUUCAGUCAGUUCAGUUUGGAGGCUGCUGCCUUUUUUCUUCCCCUCUGUCCUGUCGUCUCGGCGAGAAGAUGCGUCUGUUUAUCCUUUUCUUAAAAAAAAAAAAAGAAAAAAAAAAAGACAAAAACA